CACAUACACCCAUAUCAUAUGGAACCUAUCACUCAUAUUCACCAUGGCUGCAACUACCACUAGCUUUGGAACUGCUUGGUGUCUUAGAAGAGUAACUCAAGCUUUUGCACUUUCUCAUUCUCAUACUCUCCGCACCAAUGGCAAUAAUCUCUCUUUUCAAAGGACUCUUACCUCUCAUCUUCUCUCGUUUUCCACUUCUUCAGAUUCAGGUGCAAGUACGACAGUGCAAGCUUCAAAACGAGAAGUUGAUGUAUUGCUCAAGGGAGUUGGGGAGAAAAGUGUAGAAAAUGAAGUGAAGCAUGUCCUUGAGAUGGCUAGACGAGCAUCAUUAAAACGAGAGAUUCUCCAUACAAAUUUUCUAACACCUCCAGUGCUAAAAGAAUCUAUGCAAGUAUUGGAAAAAUUAGCGGAUAUUAAAGCAUUGGCUCAAGGAGGUUAUCCACAGGCUGAACGGUGCCGGAUUUCUGUUGGACAUCCAGAUGAACUGACAAGUGAUCCAGAUGUUAUUUCAGCAUUGAGUAUUACAGGCAACUUCCAGUUUGAACCUUGCUCUCACGGUGACUUCCUUGGCUCAAUUCUUGGUACAGGAAUUGCCAGGGAGAAAGUUGGGGAUAUUAUAUUGCAGGGAGAACAGGGUGCUCAGAUAAUUGUUGUACCAGAGCUUGUUGAAUUUCUUACGUCAGCACUGGAUAAGGUUCGUAACGUUCCAGUAACUUGCACCAAGAUACCAUUAAUUUCUCUUGAUUAUGAACCGCCAAGAACAAAAUCUUUCAAAACUAUAGAAGCGUCACUAAGAGUUGAUGCAGUAGCUAGUGCAGGAUUUAAGAUUUCACGUUCGAAGCUAGUUGACAUGAUCAGCAAUGGCGAUGUACGUAUCAACUGGAUCCCAAUUACUACAAAAGGAACCACAGUCAAGAGUGGAGAUCUUGUAUCAGUUAGCGGAUUGGGAAGAUUAAAGAUAGGAGAAGUAAACACCACAAAGAAAGGAAAAUUUGCAGUGGAACUCAUUCGAUAUUUGUAGAAGUUUUUCAUUGCUGCAGAGAAAAAGUGUAUAUACAAAACAAAACAUUUAUCCUCUUUUAUUAUUUUAAAUGUCCAUAUAUGCCUACUUGACCACAUUACAUUGCUUGUUAUGUGGAAUACCAAGUUCAAACCAGGAAGAGAAGAGCAAAGAACAAAUUCCAAAAAUGGAGUACUAUAAUUAGUGAAAUUAUAUACUAAAUUCAUUCAUUUAGUCCUGUGGAUAUUUUUGCAUUUCUGAAUCAGCUCUCCUUAUAUUGUCAAUAAUUAUUUGAAUUCAUGUGGACA